AUGGCCGGCCAAGCUCGGCGCGGCACUCGGCCACGGCCUGGGACACUCGGCCACGGCAAGGGCAACGGCUGGGCACGGUUGGGCAGCGGGCUAGGCGAGCUCGGCACGGCUGGGCGAGCACGGCGUCUGCUGGUGGCGGCGAAGCUACUGGGGGAACUGGGUGGUGGCGGGCAGAGCAGUGGUGGCAGCCGAAACGGCGGCGCGCGGCGGCUAGACGAGGCGGAGCCGAAACAGGGGAGAAGACGGGGAGGAGAGAAACAGGGGGAGGGGGAUGGUCGCGCGGUGGCCAGAGGCGGCACAGUGGUGUCGCGGGCGGCGGGGCAAGGCCAGACGAGCUGGCCGGCGGAGCCUGGCCGCGUUGGACACGGCGGUGAGCUGAGCUGCGCAAGGACGGGCUCGGGCCGGGGAAGGAAAACAAGGGAAGGAGAAGGAGAGUUGGGGGCUUGUGGUAGCGACGGUGCGGCGGCUGGCGAGGCGGCGGCGCCAGGUGGACGAUCCGCCGAGCAGUGGCUGGGGUGA